AUGGGUCUCGAAAACGCAAAACACAUCAUCCUGGUGCUGUCGGGCAAAGGCGGCGUAGGCAAAUCGAGCGUGACGACGCAGCUAGCGCUCAGCCUGUCGCUGCAAGGGCACUCGGUCGGGGUUCUGGACAUCGACCUGACGGGGCCGUCAAUCCCGCGGUUCUUCAACGUCGAGAGCGAGAAAGUGCGGCAGGCGCCCGGCGGCUGGAUACCGGUGCCGGUGCACAGCGCGCAGACACUCAACGGCGGGCAGGCGGUCGGCGCGCUGUCCUGCAUGUCGCUGGGCUUCAUUCUCGCGAACCGCUCCGACGCCGUCAUCUGGCGCGGCCCGAAGAAGACGGCCAUGGUGCGCCAGUUCCUGUCGUCGGUGCUGUGGCCGCCCGGCUUGGACUACUUGCUCAUUGACACCCCGCCCGGGACCUCCGACGAGCAUAUCUCGCUCAUGGAGAGCCUGCUCAAGGACACGGCGGCGCGGCCCGAGCAGCUCGCUGGCGCCGUCGUCGUCACUACCCCCCAGGCUGUCAGCAUCAGCGACGUCAAGAAGGAACUCAACUUCUGCGCAAAGGUCGGCGUGCGCGUCCUCGGCGUCGUCGAGAACAUGGCCGGCUUCGUGUGUCCCAUGUGCGCCUGUUCGGCCAACGUCUUUGGCAAGGGUGGCGGCGAGGUCAUGGCUAAUGACUUUGGCGUCCGCUUCUUGGGCAGCGUGCCUAUUGACCCGGCGUUCGUUAUGCUGGUCGAGGAGGGCAAGCGCCCGGUUUACCCCGAGGGCACUGUUGUUGCUGGCCAGAACGUCGGCUCCGCUACUACUUCUUCUACUUCUACUACUACUACUACUACUACCGCGGCGGCUGCUGGUGACGCCGAAGACGCAAAGAGGGAUCCCGCUGCUCUGGUCGACAAGUACACGAGCUGCUCGCUGUGCCCGCUUUUCGACGGCAUUGCGAAGCAGGUGCUGGCGGAUAUCGAGGCCACGCACUGA